AUGUUUCUUCUAUUACUUUUAAUUUACACUCAGACAACCCUUUCUUCAAUAAAUGACACUGUGGAAUGUACACCAGGGUGUUCGACAGAGUGUUUGGUGACUCACACUUGUCAAGACAAAUGUAACUCUGGGUUUGAGCAAGACAACAGUUGUUCCAGAUGUGCUCAAUAUGAUGAAACAGCGGCAAUUAGUGAUACCAAUCAGUUGUACACUCCUGUAGACGACGAAUGCAAAUUGAUUGACCCUUCUCUAAUACAACAAAAAACAUUUUUGGUACCAGACGAUGUUAUUGUAGUCAACAAAAAUGAAGAAAUUGUUCUCAAUUUUGUAUCUACCACUAAAUAUGACACGGGACCUUGCAGAAGCAAAGACAACAAUACACAUGACUCAUACAGAAGAAGUUUUUGGAUGACUUACCCAUUCACCCAACUCAACUUAGACACUCAAAAUGUCAACUUCUCAAUUUCGUUUGUUGGAAGUGUGAAAGAAGAGGUUCGGAUAGACACAACUGACUUUCGAAAAAGCAUUGGAGAAAGGUGCUUUACUCGAAACAUCUUGCGAGCAACUAAAAAUACAACGUCCUUCAUUUUACCACUUCCUCGUUAUCCUACAAGUUGGGAAGAAGAGAAGUCCCUCAGCUUCUUUGUAUAUGUCUCGAGUGUGUCAAAUGUGUCUGUCAAAAUUCGUAUUGACGAAAUUGGAAAAUAUGAAAUCCCAGAGACCAUUGUUAUCCCUCAAUCUUUCUAUGAAGUCAUUGCGAAGAAAAAGUACUAUUCCCUCAAUUUGAAUUUAUAUGAUCUGGGCUACAGCUUCUACCCGCCUUGUAUGCCAGAUAAGUUAGUGAAAGGGAUUUACAUUCGAUUUUUAUUUGAUAGCGACUACACAAUGCUUAUCGACUCGACUUCAGAUAACCGAAUAAAGUACAUGGAAGAAGUUGAGACGACCAACACGUCGAAGUGUAAAACACUGUGGGUUGGUCAAGGGUAUGGGAAGAAUAGUAAUGUCCUUAAAGGACUUUACAUUGCAAUUCCAAAAGGAAAGACUAUGGGAAGGAGGUUUGGGAUAUAUACAGAGGAGCAAGACAUCACUAUUCCAUUUGCGAACACCCUUUUGUGUAAAGACAACUGCCACUAUGAAGAAGGGUUUGGUAAAUGUUCUUCACGUGAGAAGAAGUGUAUUUGUAAUGAGAAAUAUGGUGGUGAAAGUUGUAUUAAAAAGUGUUAUUAUCAAGGGGAGUGGACUGAUGGAAGUACCGGAGAAGGGAAGUGUUAUUUUGGGAGUGACGGGUGUAACGAAAAUUGUUAUUGUCACGAGAAUUACACGUUGAACGACCACUUAUGUAUUUCACCGAAUUGUUUGUCGGGCUCCAUUGACACAGCUACGAACUGUUAUUCGACCAAAGAGGGGUGUAACGUGAAUUGUUUAUGUGAAGAUGGGUUCACUUUAGUGAAUGGGUCGUGUAAAUCCAACACCUGUGGAAACAAUCAAAUUGAUGUCAAACCAAAUGGAAGAGAAGAAGAGUGCGAUGGUGGUAUUAACUGUGAUAAUUACUGUAAUUGUUACAACGGCUUUAAACAAGAUCUUACUAACAAAACUUCAUGUAUUGCUAUUGGAGUGUCUGAUAAGACACUUGGUCUCUCUAUUGGAUUUGGUACAUUAGGUUUAUUGUUACUAUUAGUCGUCAUUGUAGUGUUGAUUUGUGUUUUGUUCUUUAAAACAAAACGGACUGAUUUGUCAGUGUAUAAAGAACAACAACCGACGUACCACUUCUACAUCUCGGGAGCUACAAAAAUAGAAGAAGACACUAAAGUCGCAUUCAAACUUGGACCAGACGAAUUGGACUUUGGAAACAAAGAAACGUCGACUUCUAUAUUUGAUACUCGAUUUGAGAGAAUCCAAGUCGUCAAUAACUCGAAGAAAAAGAUGCUAAUCAUUUUCCAUACCCCUACAAACCCCAAAUUUGUAUUCCAUUUUGAUCCACAAUAUUUGAUCAUUCACUCAAGAAACAUUAAACACGUUGUCACGUGCUUUAUGACCAUUUUUUGUACAACAAAAUUACAAGGAAUGAAGAUACCAUACACCGUUUGGUUCAGUAAGAGCCGAAAAACGCUCGAGCAGAUCGAACAGACUCUUCGCGACAAAACCUUUGAAGAGUGGACGUCGACUGAUCAACUUGGAAUGGAACAAUUGCUGAAGAAAGUCUCGAGUCGGAUGUACGGCUUUAUCAAAAUCAAUACCACAGCGACGGCAUCGACACAUAUUGAUAUGGAUGAGCUCAAUUUAAGAGAGCAGCCGAUAGCAGAAGGCGCGAUGGGUGUUGUGUUCUUUGGGGAAUAUCGGAGUAUGCCUGUCGCCGUCAAGCAAUUUCGGUGGGAGAAUUUGACUGAUGAAGAGACCAUUGACUUGAAGCGGAGUGUUGUCCACGAGUGUGAAAUGAUGAGUAAACUCAGAAAUCCAUUCAUAGCAAAUUACAUAGGAUCGGUCACAUAUCUUCCCCAAGUGUGUAUGGUCAUCCAAUUCUUCGCUUUGGGAUCAUUAGGAGAGUAUUUGCGAAAGGGGAGUGACGAGUACUUAGAACUUCCGUAUCACCUCAAAUUGAGAAUUCUAUUUGACACCGCAAGAGGAAUGCAAUUUCUUCACGAAAACAAAAUAAUGCACUUGGACUUAAAACCAGACAAUUUACUCGUCAACUCCCUCUUUAACAGCUCUCCGUGUUGCGUCAAAAUUACUGACUUCGGAACAUCAAGAUUCAAACUCAAUGGCAAAGACAAAGGACUCGGAACACCAAUAUAUAGUGCACCAGAAUGUUAUUCGGAUUGUUAUUCGUUUGCAAGUGACGUGUAUGCAUUUGGUGUGACAGCGUGGGAAGUGUAUUACCAAGAAGAGCCGUUUAAAGAACUUAAAUCACUCUUUGAUAUUAAGAAACACGUCACAUCAGGGUUAAGACUCAGAUUUGAAACGUGCAUAAAUGAAGGAAUGUCGGGGUUGAUUAACCAUUGUUGGUGUCAAAGCCCUGAAGAAAGAUACUCCUUUGAAAAGAUCUCUUCGAAGUUGGUUGCUUUGAUCGACGAAAAUGAAAAGAACAGCUCGAGUGAAAAUGUGGAUGAAAGCGCAAUUGAGGCGUUCGUUCAGAAGAGAAAUGAAAGACUCAAAAAAUUGAUGGGCGAUGACUGA